GUGGCACGAAUCGAGUGAGCAGCUGGGGCUUGGCACCUCCGGGCAUCUGCUGCCGUCGCUGUGAAAAAUUGCUUGUAGUUUGUGGCAGUGGCAUGCUGUGUUUCCCAGAGCUGUGGAUCUCGCUGGAGGAGCACCAAGAUGCGUUAGAGCUUAUAAUGAGCAAAUACAGAAAGCAGAUGUUACAGCUUUUGCAAGGGAGAAAAGGUGAAGAUGCAGAACCAGUCUUGAAAGUUCAUCAGGCUAAUUCCUUGGAAAUUGAAAGUCAAAUAGACAGAAUAUGUGAGAUGGGAGAGGUGAUGAGAAAAGCUAUUCAAGUCGAUGAUGAUCAGUUCUUUAAAGUUCAGGAGAAACUAGCUCAGUUGGAGCUUGAAAACAAAGAGCUGCGUGAACUAUUGUCAAUCAGCAAAGAAUCUUUUGAGGUGGGGAGAGAAGAUCUGCCUGACUGUGAAGCUUAGGUCACAAAAUAACCUUAUCUCCAAAUCUUGACUUCAGAGACUAUUAUGAAACUACCCUACAAGGAUGGGUUUUGAUUUGUUCUUUCAGGUGUUUCCUUGUAUGUUUGUUUUGUCCUUCAAAAUGUGUGGGCUGUUUUCUCUGCAUUUUUCCGAAAUUACAUACUCUUGAUGGCAAAGGCUUGCAUUGUUGCACCGUCUUAAUAAUCGCAGCACACAGACGCUUAACAAUGAAGUAUUUAUGAUGUGUACUCCCUUGUGACAGUUUAUUUCCUCUCCCGUUUGUUAUUUUUAUGAGCUUUAGUUAAUAAUUCCAACUGUGCAGAUGGCACUUAAAUCCACCUUGUCAGUAGCUAGAGAACAUAAUACAGGUUGUGAUUUGUUUUAUCUAAUAGAAGGAGUAAGAGAUUGUUCAAAAACUACGUGGUAAGCGGUAGGUACACAUUCUGCUCUGCCUGCACACAGCAGGCGCGCAGAGCUGUUCUUGUGCUUUGAAGAGCUAACACCCAGCUCUUGGCCAAGUUAACGUUACUUGGACGACUGCUUAGAAGCAGCUCCAGAGAACAGCAGACAGCCUCUAGAGCGCUUGAAGUAGUAACUCCUGUGAGGAGCACACCUUACUUUGAUGUAGGGGUGGAAGUCAGAGCGGGUGACCCUUUCUGACACCUGUGCAUUUCUGAAGGAUGUUGCAUGUCUGACUGACUUUUUUUUUUUUUUUGUAAUGGGUAUUUUUUUUUUCUGGCUUUACCAAUACUCCAAGGUAUGUGGACACUGGCUAGCUCUGAUCUGAAGGCAGUGCACUCUGACACUGCAUAGAACACAGCACUUUCAGAUCUGGGCUCUUUGGCCUCCCACCACUUUGGACUCCAGGAAGCAUGAGCUGAGCUCUGCCUCAAAACUAAACCCACACCAACCAUGUAGACAUGUUUUUAACGUUACAUCACAGGUAAGUCUAGUGACAGAUGUUAUGUAGUUAUCUCAGAAUCCUAUAUUGAGUGAAAUUAGAGUUGCAGUGUUGUAGGAAUUUAUCAAUAUUGUGAUAUUUUAAUGACAUUUUUAUAUAAAGAUUUCUGUCUGUCUUACCUGUGAUCAAAGAGUAAUUUUCCAAGAACGAUAAACAUCUCAUUUCCAGUAUUGGUUUAAAUUUUUACGCCACUUUCUCCCAAGCGAGAAUUUUGAUAGAUGCAGAAGGUGAUUUAUGUUCUUGUGCGUAUUAAGAGAUGUUUUCUUGCGACCAUUUGGAACACUCGGCAAGAUUGUUUGGUAGAUAUAAGGGAUUUCUGUACAGGAGUAUUCUUGUAUACAAUUCUUUUCUAUUAGAAAUUGUUUAAGAGGGAAUAAAAAAACCCAGUGGGCAGUAUUUUUCUCAAGC